ACCCACUCCUCUCGCGUUACUUCCGAAAUUGCGAGCCUCAACCCGAGCACACUACCAGCUGGGACCACGCUGUCAACUCCAUCUGCCAUCAGGAGUAGACGCCACUAGGUGGUUCUUCUUCACCUCGUGGCUUGGUGUUCGAUCCCGUUCCUAACUCAUACAAGGUCUUCUGUCCAGAACCCUGAGCCGUGCGCCAGCAAGCAGCCAUGCGGCGAUUCUCCCCCAGGAGCGCCAAGACGGCGCUCCUGUCGCUUACCGUCGCAGCCCUCGUCGCAACGUUCGCAGUGUCGUCGCACGCGCGCGUGCUGGAUCUCGGCGACAACAAGCUCUUCCUCGAGCAAUUCAGCUCCACGAUUAAAUUCGAACCGCGCCCCGUCAUUCGCGCCGCCAGCGUGGCUAACUGCCAGCCGUCAACUCUGCCGGACUUCGCAUCCUCCGUCAGCCUGUCCCAGGGUCUCGUCCUUCAUUGGACGCCCGCAUCUUCCGGCGGUGACGUCAGCAUCGCCGUCGAAGCGCCCGCCAGCGCCGGCUGGUUCUCCCUCGGAUUUUCGUCGAGCGGACUUAUGUCGCCGGCAGAUGCCGUGAUCGGCAAUGCUGACGGCGGCGCUGCCGUCCAGGCGUACACUAUGACCGGUUACGACAUGGGCUCCGUCAAGCCGAGCGGCAAACUGUCGCUGGCCGGCGCGGGGCUGACGAAAUCUGGCGACAAGGUCAUCAUGCGAUUCUCGCGAUCGGAGAGCGACGGCGGAUCCGUCGCAUUCAAGUCGUCCGGGAAGAGCAAGCUCAUCUGGGCGACGUCGUCUGGGGGCUCUACGACACUUGCCUAUCACGGCAGCAAGCUUGGCUCAUCCGAAAUCGAUUUUUCCUGCAACGGCGGCGGAGGGGCGUCCGACAAGACGGGAAGCGGCGGAAGCAGCGGCGCAUCCAGCCCGCCGAAAUCUCCCCCAGCCAGCUCCCCUCCCGCAAACCCUCCGCCUGCGAAAUCUCCCCCUUCUAGCCCUCCACCCGCCACUCCUGCUAGCCCGUCCUCCUCUUCUUCCUCUUCCCCUUCCUCUUCUUCCUCCUCUUCGUCCUCAUCUUCGGGCUCCAACUCCAAUUGGUGGGAUGCCUACACCCCUUCAUCCUCGUCUUCAUCCUCUUCCUCCCCCUCCUCUUCCUCCUCCCCCUCCUCUUCCUCCUCCCCCUCCUCCUCUUCCCCCUCCUCGUCUUCCUCCUCUUCGUCAUCCUCCUCCUCCUCUUCCUCUUCCUCUUCACCCUCCGAUAGUGCCUCUCACUCCUCCAACGACUCCUCUUCCUCCUCCUCUUCCUCCUCUUCCCCCUCGUCCUCAACCUCCUACGAAGCGUACAAGUCCUCGCCACCCUGGUGGACUGCUUACGCCAACCCCUCACCCCCCUCCUCUUCUUCCUCUGACUCCUCUUCCUCCUCUGACUCCUCUUCUUCCUCCGACUCCUCUUCAACCAAAUCUUCGUCGGCGUCAAUUGCAAGCACCAAGAGCACCGACAGCACCACCAGUUACGGUGGGAAUGGCAAGAGCGGUAGCUCCGGAGGCAGCAGCAGCAGCAGCAGCAGCGACAGCAGCAGCAACAAGAGCGGAAACAAUGGCGGCGGCAGUAGCAGUUCCACUCAAUCUACGUCUUCCUCUUCUGGCUCUUCCGCUGGUUCUGCCUGCCCCACAUCUAGCCUGGCUGGUUACAGCUACUCCGCGGAACUCGGAAGCAAAGAUUUCCUCCUGCACUGGGCCGCGCCGUCCAACGGGCAGCUCGAUUUGGCGAUGGAGGCGAAAUCUGGUAGCGGCGCGGCGAAGGGCUGGAUGUCCGUCGCAUGGUCGGCGAACGGAGGGAUGGCGGAAAGCACAGCGAUUUUCGGUAACAUGGAGGGCGGAAGCGUUGCUGGUUACCACAUCACCGGUUACUCGAUGGACACGGUGAAAGUAAACGGAAUGGAUAUUGGAGGGGACGCGGCGACCAGUAACGAGGGAGGCUCCACUGUAGUAAAGUUUCAGCGCAGCGAGAGUGACAAUGGCGAGGUGAAGCUGUCUCUAAACGGGCCUAACAAACUUAUAUGGGCGUAUUCUACUGGGAGCAAGGCUCUGGGCUACCAUGGCGGCAACUUCGGUCGGGUCACUGUGGACUUCACCUGUCAAUCCGCCCCUGCUGGGGGCUCUGUUGGGGGCGGGGGAGAGAGUGAGGGAGGCGAGGGUGGGGACAGUGAGGGAGGAGAGGGGGGAAAUAGCAGCAGUCAGAGCAAGGAGAGUACCAGCAGCAGCAGCGGCAGCAGCAGCCAAGGCGGCGAUAGCAGCAGCAGCAGCCAAGGCGGCGAUAGCAGCAGCAGCAGCCAAGGCGGCGAUAGCAGCAGCAGCAGCCAAGGCGGCGAUAGCAGCAGCAGCAGCCAAGGCGGCGGUAGCAGCAGCAGCAUCCAAGGCGGCGAUAGCAGCAGCAGCAGCCAAGGCGGCGAUAGCAGCAGCAGCAGCCAAGGCGGCGAUAGCAGCAGCAGCAGCCAAGGCGGCGAUAGCAGCAGCAGCAUCCAAGGCGGCGAUAGCAGCAGCAGCAUCCAAGGCGGCGAUAGCAGCAGCAGCAUCCAAGGCGGCGAUAGCAGCAGCAGCAUCCAAGGCGGCGAUAGCAGCAGCAGCAUCCAAGGCGGCGAUAGCAGCAGCAGCAGCAUCCAAGGCGGCGAUAGCAGCAGCAGCAGCAGCCAAGGCGGCGAUAGCAGCAGCAGCAGCAGCCAAGGCGGCGAUAGCAGCAGCAGCAGCAGCCAAGGCGGCGAUAGCAGCAGCAGCAGCAGCCAAGGCAGCGAUAGCAGCAGCAGCAGCAGCAGCAUCAAGGAGAGCAGUAGCAGCAGCAGCGGGGGUGGGGGUGAGGGUGAGCCUGAAGGCGGCGAUACCGAGGGUGAAGCCAGAAGCAGCGGCAGCAGAACUGACUGGUGGGCUGUGCUGGCCUCAGAUUUCCCCAAGUCAGGUUCCUCCUCCUCCUCUUCUUCCUCUUCCUCGUCCUCCUCCCCUUCUUCCUCCUCUUCCCCUAAAACCGCCACCACCAAAGCAACCUCCUCUUCCUCCUCCUCACCUUCCUUGGGUUCUGCCUGCUCCGCAUCCAGUCUGGCUGGUUACACCUACUCCACCCAGCUCGGAAGCUCAGAUUUUCUCCUGCACUGGGCGGCGCCGUCCAACGGGCAGCUUGAUUUGGCGAUGGAGGCCAAAUCGGGCAGCGGCGCGGCCAAGGGAUGGAUGUCCGUCGCAUGGUCGGCGAACGGAGGCAUGGCGGAAAGCACAGCGGUGAUCGGUAACAUGAACGGCGGAAGCGUUGCUGGUUACCACAUCACCGGUUACUCGAUGGGGACGGUGAAGGCGAAUGGAAUGGAUGUUGGUGGGGAUGCGGGGACGAGCAACGAAGGCGGGUCGACAGUUGUGAAAUUUCUUAGAAGGGAGAGUGAUGGAGGGGAGGUGAAGAUCAAGACGAGUGGGGCAAACAAGCUGGUCUGGGCAUAUUCCACUGGGAGCAAGGCGCUGGGCUACCAUGGCGGCAACUUUGGAAGCCUCACUGUUGAUUUCUCUUGUAAGUCUGCCCCUGCAGGGGGCUCUGGUGGGGGGGGAGGAGGAGGGGACGGAGGGGAGAGCAGCGGGAAUGGAGGGAGCAGUGGGGAUGGCAAGGGCAGUGCGGGUGGAGAGGGGGGAGGAGGAGGGGGGGGAGGGAAGCGAAGCGGGAAAUCCAAGGGGAAGGGGCAUGGGUCGGAUGGGGGUAGGCAUCAUGGAAAGGGGAAGGACCAUAAGGGGGAAAAGCAUAAGAAAAAGGAGAAGCAUCAUGGUGGGGAGCAUGAGGAGGGUGAUGACUAAGCUGCUUUGCAUGAAUUGUGUUAUUGCUAUGGAUAGGAUGUGUUAAUCGUACGUAGUGCACAAAUGUAUUGUAUGUGGAAAUGCAGAACGCCAAUGAUAGAUUGUUUCGAUUUUUGGUCGGUAGUUUGGCACGGCACAUGAAAUUGCAUUUGAA